CCAAGCACAUAUUUGCUAGUGCAUGAAGCUAGUCCAGGCACAAAAAUCAGUUAUCACGGGAGGUGUUGAAAUAAAAAAAAUUAGGAGUAUCAAAUCGAUAGACAUUCGUUUUUAAACCAACCAACAAACAAACAAAUGGAAAGGGAAUAAAUACCGGAGUAACUAAAAACACUAUACAAACUGUCUCUCCCGCCAUUAGUAUUAUGAAAUGCACUCUUCCAUUUUCUUCCUUCACCAACCCUUUUCGAUCCGAAAAUUAUCUCUACCAAUGCAAUCAACAAAUACAACGCCUUUUCAAAAUCGGCAAAAUCAACGAUGCCCGCAAAAUGUUCGACGAAAUGCCUCAACGAGAUGCGGUUUCUUGGAACUCAAUGAUCUCCGGUUACUGUCACAACGGGCUCCUUAACGAUGCCCGAGCACUCUUUGAUGUCUUUCAAGGCAAGAAUAUUAGGACUUGGACUUCGAUGUUAUCUGGGUAUGCGAAAAAUGGGAGGUUUUGUGAUGCUGUUGAUGUGUUUGAAGCAAUGCCGGAGAAGAAUGUUGUGUCGUAUAAUGCAAUGUUGAGUGGGUAUUUGGGGAUCGGUGAUUUUGUGAGUGCACGGAAGGUGUUUGAUGAAAUGGGUGAGAGAAAUGUUGCCUCUUGGAACGCGAUGAUUAAUGGGUAUGUGAAGGGUGGGAGGAUGAGGGAAGCGCAUGAGAUGUUUGAUGUAAUGCCAGAUAGAAAUGAGGUGUCGUAUACCAUUAUGAUUUCGGGAUGUGUUGGGGUGGGUGAGUUUGAGGAAGCGUGGAGGUGGUUUGUGGAUAUGCGUAGGAGGGGAGAGGUUAGGCCAGAUCAGAAGAUGUUCUUGGUGGCGUUAUCGGUGGUUAUUGGAUUGGAUAAUGUGGUGAUGCUAGCGAAUUUGGUGACAUUGGCGAUGAAAAUGGGGUAUAGUGAGGAUGUUGUGGUAGUAACUGCGAUUUUGAAUGCAUUUACGCAAAUUGGGAAUAUGGAUAUGGCGUUGAAGUUUUUUGAGAAUUUGCCUGAGAAGAACGAGUACUCGUGGACAACAAUGAUUUCAGCUCUCUGGCAAUGUGGAAGGUUGGAAGAUGCAGUUGCACUUUAUAGACAAGUUCCCGAACAGACUGUUGAGACACAAACUGCAAUGAUGACUGCAUAUGCUCAGAGUGGGAGGAUAGUUGAGGCAAGGCAAGUGUUUAACGACAUUAGGAACCCAAACGUCCUUAGUUGGAAUGCUCUGCUAGCUGGAUAUAUGCACAAUGGCAUGAUUGAGGAGGCUGAGGAGUUGUUCAAGCAAAUGCCUACAAGGAAUGUAGCAUCUUGGGGAGCAAUGAUUUCUGGGCUAAUGCAUAAUGCACAAAGUGUGGAAUCUCUGGAGUUGAUGGCUCAGAUGCAUAGAUUAGGUAACAUUCCAAGCGAUUCGAGCUUCACUAGUGCUCUUUUGGCAUGUGCAAACAUUGGAGACAUUGAGGUGGGGAGACAGAUACAUUCUCUUUCAUUCAAAGCAGGUUGCCAGUAUAAUCCAUAUGUCGGGAACGGAUUGAUAACUAUGUAUGCUAAAUGCAAGAACUUGGAAGAUGAUGCGGAAGCACUUGGCUUAACAAGAUCAGACAUAAUAUGCUCCCCCUCCAUCCCUGCAGGCCACUCUUAUAAUUUCAGGUUGGGGGAUGCUGUUAGAGUUUUCCAACAGAUGCAUAAUCGUGAUGUUGUGUCUUGGACUGCUGUGAUAUCAGCUUAUGUGCAAGGUGGGCGAGGAGAAAUUGCUCUUGAGUUAUUUCUUGACAUGUUUUAUCACGGAAUUAAGCCAAAUGAACUGACAGUCACUAGUCUAUUGAGUGCCACUGGGAGCCUCGGUGCAAAGAAGCUAGGUCAACAGCUUCAUGUCCUAACGUUUAAGCUUGGGAUGGAUUCACAGUUGUUUAUUGGUAAUGCACUCAGUGCAAUGUACUUCAAGUGUGGAUCUUUGGAUGGCAUUCAGGUUUUUGAUGAGAUGUUAGAACGAGAUAUUGUAACGUGGAAUGCUCUUUUGACUGGUUGUGCACAGAAUGGCUUAGGUAAAGAGGCUGUUUCUUAUUUUGAGAAACUGACAGCUGAAGGGUUUGUUCCGAAUCAAAUCACAUUUCUUGUGCUCUUGUGUGCUUGUGGACAUGCGGGGCUAGUGGAUGAAGGUUUGGCGUAUUUCAAUUCCAUGAGACAGAAAUACGGGAUUGUACCAGUACUAAAUCAUUAUACUGCAGUGGUAGAUCUUCUUGGGCGGGGUGGACGGCUCCUUGAAGCCGAGUCACUAAUUAAAGACAUGCCUAUGCAGCCAGAUACUGUAACUUGGGACGCCCUUCUUGCUGCCUGUCGAAAUCAUCAUGACACCAGUCUUGGGCAGAGAGUUGCAGAAAGGCUUUUUCACAUGGGUACAAAAGAGUCGGGAACCUAUGUUCUAUUAUCAAACAUAUAUGCUUCUCAAGGUAUGUGGGACAACGUCCGCAAAGUACGUGAAACAAUGCUGGAUCGAGAAGUAAAUAAAGAACCUGGAUUUAGCUGGAUCCAGAUCAAGAAUACGCUUUACUCUUUCCUCUCAGGGAAUAAGACAUGUGAUCAUGUUGAUGAGAUAUAUCCGAUGCUGAGAGAAUUCUGCACGAGCUUUCAAGCAGAGGGCUACAUCCCUGAGACAAAAUUUGUCCUCCGUGAUGUUGAGGAAGAGCAAAAGCAAAAUGAGCUUUUGUACCAUAGUGAGAAGAUUGCUGUUGUCUUUGGCAUCUUAAACACUCCGAAUGGAUCUCCUGUCGAGAUUAUGAAAAACCUCCGCAUAUGUGGUGACUGCCACACUUUUAUGAAAUUCUUUUCCAAAGCUACCCAUCGCAAGAUAAUAAUUCGAGAUGGAAAUAGAUUUCACCAUUUCUCUGAGGGAUUCUGUUCUUGUGGAGAUUAUUGGUGAUAAAUUCAUGAGAAAUCUUCAUCUGACUAACUGACGCGUAGCAUUCCUUCUGUGCCAGUCUGAUGGUUACUAUUGAUGAAUGCUGAAGCACAACGUUGUGAAAGGCUUCUUUUAGCAAAUUGAAGUGGAUUUGCUGAUAUGGUCCUUUCAUUCAGGAAACCCGUCAAGACCAGGAAUGGAGGCAGCAACAACAUACCCAGUGUAAUUUUACAAGGGAGGUUUGAGGAGGGUAGAGUGCACGCAGACCUUACCCCUACCUUGGGAGGUAAAGAAGUCGUUUCUGAUAAACCCUCAAGACCAGGAAUUGAGGCAGCUACGGAUUUACUUCAACCUUUAUACUCACUCAAUUUGGGGACAUUGAGAUAUUAAGUUCGUAAGGUAGCAUCAUCCAUAUUCUACACUACAAAUGCAUAUAAAUGGAGGCAAUACGAGGCCAUGUGAAUGUUGAUAUGGAAACUAAGGCACCUCAAACAGUGGCUUUUGUUAAAUGGUCCAUAGCUUCGGGUACAAUCCCAACAAGAAGAUAGUAUAAGGAGCCGGAGUCACAUUUUUUUUCAGUUCAUUCUCGUGUAAGAGGCAUGGCCGGGAGGAGCCGAGGAGGCGGAUCAUCUAUCAUUGCUUGCACCACAAUUUUUGCACAGGAAUUAUGAGCUUAGUUUGUUCCAUAUAUAUUGUAUGUGUCCUAAGUUAUCAUGAACUAAACUGGCAGCCAAAGUUUGGCAAGUUGGAGAAUGAGGAAGUAGAACCGUGAAAGAAAAAUUGAACUUCUUGAAUAUUGCUCCUCUUAGGACUUUUAGGUUGACUUAGAGAGAAGAAAAUGAUUGAAUUGCUUUUAGGGGUCGUUUGGUUCGAAGACAAGUUAUGUUGUGAUUGGUUAUAUGGGGAUAAGUUAUUAUGGGAUUAAUUAUAUUGAAAUUAUUUCUUAUUGAUUGUUUGAUUUGUCAUAUUCAAAAUAAUAUGCAUUGCAUGAUUGCAAAGAAUAAUUUGCUUGUUUAUAAAAAUAGCUUCUACCUUA